AGACAUCUAUCAUCCACUUCUCUAUCGCCCUCACAAUGCCUGUCGACCGCACGAAAUCAGUUGUUACCAUCCACACUGACUCGUCUCCGGAUUCAUCCCCGCAAGCAUCACAUGUCUUCUCUGGUAAACGCAAGCUUCGACAACGGUCUUCACAUGAUACUCAAAGAAUGAGAAGCUUCUUCCAAGCUGGUGGGGCCCUUGACUCGCAGACAACUGACUCACAAUAUAUCAACGGCUUUCUUGAGGGCCCAGGGCCCAACGGCUUCAUGUCAGCCAGUCCUCUGGAUGAGGGAGUGGGAUUGAGAGAGCGAGGCAAAGAUACGGAGCAGCAGACAUCGUCCGGCAGUGACGACGGAGCAAUCAACAAACACUCUCCGACUCCUUCACGCUCACCUUUAGAGACGACUCUAGAACCAAACUCAGACCAAACUGCCCUUGCAAAGCACGAGCUGAGAAGUUUUGCAAAGGUGUCAGCACCUUCAACUCCAAGUCCCACAUUCCUAGCAAAUGUUUCAAGCUCAGGCACCCAAGCACUCGAGGGCAGUCGGCAGCUUGACUCACCGCCCUUUCGCAUCAAUCGGCCUCUCGUACUGCAUGUCCAUCCAUCCAAGAUGUAUCCCGGUACUCGACAGGUGUACCGGAAGCUCAAGCCGGCUUUAGAGCCCAUCGGAAAGACAGAAUACGAGAUUCAAGAAGCAGCGCGUGUAGAGUAUUUGAGGCGAGUUGGGCUUAGGUUGCUACCUAUGCCAUCAGAAAAUUUUUUGCAGAUUGCUCUUGUACCGAUAGCUCCUCCUGAUGCUGCGUUGUAGUGUAAACAUAGAGCCCCCCCCCCCCUCAAAUUGACCAAUUAUAACAUUUGACAUUAUAUUACUGUUCCAUAAAUAUGUCUGUCGGUGAAGGGACUAACCCAAAACUUCUUGGAUACAUCAAGUAUGUUGCUGCUCGACCACUCACGCGGCGCAACAGCUCUGAAGCAUGGAUACAAAUGCACACUUCGGCGGAGCUCUCCACUGCAAUAACAGCACCAGUCUGCGUUCCAUCAGCAUUGGUCAU